CAACUUCUGCGCUGCUUCAAGACUCACUCGUAUCCUAGUUUCCACCAACAACGACUCAAAAAAUGGCAAACGCUAGCCAUCAGACUCGACCAGUACUGUUCCUCCUUAAAGGCAGCUAGAAAACAUGCACGCUCCAUUCUUCAUCGCCAGCCUCGUUGCGCUUGCUGCCAUUGCCUCUGCUCAGACAAAACGCGGACUCCCCGCUGGUUGUGACCGUAAUGCAACUGUUGAAUAUGGAGAUACAUGCAACGCGAUCUCUGCAGCACACAACGUUUCCACAUACCAGCUGGCAGCAGUCAACAGCGAAACUAUUGACUCCGGUUGCAAUAAUUUGGUAGCCGGAGAAGUUUUAUGCCUUGGAAUCAAAGGCCAGGAUUGCAAUGUCACCCAUGUUAUGCAGGCCGGCGACACGUGUUUCAGCGUUGCCGAUGCAUCUGGUAUCCAGGUCAACACAUUGCUCGCGAACAACCCAAACGUGAACACCUGCGAUAACGUGUACCCUGGCGAGGUUCUCUGCACUGCGAGCCAGAUCUAUGUGAACACCACCAAAUAAGAUUGAACCGUUAAAAGUCUCCCUUGGAAAUUAAUUAGAGCAGGACACCAAGUAGCACCAGGGCAGACAUAGACCAGUUGCCCAGCGUAUAGCUCUUCGUGUGCUCUCGGAGGAAACAUAAACCACUCGCAAAGGAAUCACUAUAUCGUUCAUCCCAAGAGUUCUUGCAGUAUCAUUGCCCUAUAAUUCACAAUCGAGUUAUACAUCAAAUAAAAGCAGAAGC